AUGGCCACCCAGCAGAAGAUUGUGUUUGCCCUCGUUUGCCUUUUCUUGGCCUGCGAUUUGGUGCUUGGCCAGCAGCCGGCGGCCAACAGCUCGGAUGCGGACUCGGAUGUGGCGGAAAGUCGUACUUUUGGCCACCAUUUCCUGCGACGCAUUAGCUUUGCUCUGGUGCCCGGCGCCUUCGUCGUGGGCGUUAUCACCACCCUGCUGGCGGCCUUGACUGUGGUCUCCAUCAAGGGACUCGGAGUGGGCGUCAUCCUGCUGGUGCUGGCCAUCGGUCAGAUGUUGUCCCGAGCCCUGCCCGUCCAGGCAGCCGCCGCCUAUGCCGCCGCCCCCGUUCCCGUCCAGGCUCCAGUGCCCGUGGUCUACUCGCACUCGCACACCCAGCAGCCCGUCUGGCUGGAGAAGGAGUGGUAG